AUGAGAUAUGUGGAGUCAAUAGAGCCCAGCUCACUCACUUCCGGUUCAGCUGCCUGGCUGCUCCUGAGUGCAGUCCGUUCAAAGGGCGUCGCUAGGCGGUUGUUUCAGUACCCGAGAGAUCCUGGCUCACGAGUUCGAUUUCGCAGCCAAUGCAUUAUCCGGUUGGCAGUAGCCGAUAAGGCGUUGCGAAUCCAUCGGGGCUUGCAGGAGGGACGGGGAUCGCUGGAGGGGUUUUCAGGCCCGGCGCAAACCAGCAGCGGUAAGGAGCCUCUCUGUGGAGGUGGCAUCACGUCUGACGGUCUACACGUCGCGUCGAGCAAGGGGCCCUGGACUGGACCUUCAUCCACGAUCCUCCAUCAACAUAUGACGGGGCGCUGGGUUGUGCCAUGCGCCCUGCGAAUCUUGCGUGCUCACACCCGUACCAAGCCCUACUGUCCUCCGUCUACACCACUCCUCACACAAGGCCCUCAGCUCCACCAUCGUCCAGAUGCGCACCAACAAGAUUGGACCACGACAAUUCCUAUACAUAAGAAAGGUGCCGGAGAUCACCGAUCACCCUAUGCGAAUGCGGGAGCAAUCAGACUGUACGACACGUCCUCCUGGCGUGCCCUAGAUUCAACAGCCUUAGAGCGGAAACAUGGGAAGACAGCGAUGGAAGAAGGGGAAAGAUUGGAUCUCAAGGAGAUCCUGACCACGCCUAAGCUAGCUAAGGCCGCAAGAUUCAUGAUCUUAACUAGACUCCUCGGGCAACCGCUAGUGGGAAAGGGAUUGAAGUCGUAA